GCAGACGGCGCUGGCGGCAGCUUGUAACUAGUCACUGUGGGGCUGUAGGUGUCGACUCAGGAAAACUACAGAAACACCAGCAGCUCCUUUUCCUCAUUAUGCUGAACGGUCUUUGGUGUAACUUUUGGAAACACGUCUUUUCUUACAGAUAGCUCAUUUUAUGCGCAAACUUGGGUUUAGACGCCUGGAUACUUGUCGCCAUGGGAGGGAGACGCAGGGGAACACCUGGGUCUGAUGAGGAUUUCUCCUUUGUCAGCCCAAUUGUGAAAUAUCUGCUCUUCAUAUUUAAUUUUCUAUUCUGGAUAAUCUCCCUGGUGAUGGUGUUGAUCGGUGUGUAUGCUCGCAUGAUGAAACAUGCAGAGGCAGCACUGGCCUGUCUGGCAGUGGACCCCGCUGUGAUGCUGCUGGUCGUGGGGGUCCUCAUGUUCGUCCUCACCUUCUGUGGCUGUGUGGGCUCCCUGCGAGAAAACAUCUGCCUCCUGCAGACAUUCUGUAUUUCUCUGACAGUGAUCUUCCUGCUCCAGCUCACUGCUGGUAUCCUGGGCUUUAUCUUCUCUGAUACGGCACGGGGUAAAGUGACUGAGAUGAUCAAUAAUGCCAUCAUCCACUACAGAGAUGACAUUGAUCUGCAAAACCUUAUUGAUUUUGGUCAAAUGGAGUUUGACUGCUGUGGUGGUGUAACCUACACUGACUGGUCCCAGAACAUGUACUUCAACUGCAGCAAGGAGAACCCCAGCAGAGAGCGCUGCUCUGUCCCCUUCUCCUGCUGUAUCAUAUCCAAAGACAAGGUUGUUAUCAACACCAUGUGCGGCCAGGACAUGCAGGAUUUUGAGUACGUUGAUGCUGGAAACCACAUCCACACCAAUGGCUGCAUAGAUAAAUUAGUUGACUGGAUUCACAGCAACAUGUUCCUGCUUGGAGGCAUUGCACUGGGACUGGCCAUACCACAGCUGGUUGGGAUCGUCCUGUCUCAGAUUCUGAUCAACCAGAUCAAAGACCAGGUCGAGCUCCAGAACUACCAGUUCAAACACCGCUCUGACCCAUGGAGCUGACCCGGACCGGUCCAGAUUCUGAUGAACAGCAGCAUAAACGUGGUGAUGGAAGCAGCAGGGGGGAGAUGUGUAGAACUGUUUAUGCCAGGUCUCCGAAAAAACAUCUGUCAGUCUGGUUUUGUUCCUCUUGGAUUUAAAAAGGAAACAGAUGGAGAAACAGGACUCUGUCGCCGCCCACUGGACGUAGACUGUGCUUGCAUUUACCAAACAUUUUUAGUAGAGUAGUGGUUCCCAAGCAGGGACUGGGGGGUAUUAUAUUGACCUCUAGUGAAGAACUGCAGUCAGUAUAAUUUACAACAAUGCAUUUCAUAUUGUUUUUUUUUGUUUGUUUGUUUGUAUGUUUUUUUCCGAGAUGCCAAACUGGAGCAUGAGUUAGAAGAAGUCCGUGUAUCCCUGUUGCUGCAGAGGUUAACUAACUGAAAAGGGAAUAGCAUUUUCUAAAAUGUAUUGUUUUGCACACUCCGUCAGACAUAAUGAUUUCUCCAUGCUCAGUAAUACUGCUUAUUGUUACACACAUCUGUGAGAGGAUUCUGACACACUGGAAUAUACAUCACCUAUUGUUUUUCUUCAUGUUUUAAAAAUGUAUAUUCUACAAUAUGAAUUUUUUUAAAAACUUUGUAGAUGAAAUACUUGUGUUAAAUGAAUGAUGCACAUAUGCCA